AUGAACGAACAUAGGCUGGAACAACAGACCGAUGGACACGAGAUGGUAGUCGUCGACCAGACGCCCACACGAGAGCAGGGUAAGGCUGCACGACGAUUAGAAAGAUUCGAAAGAAGGGUUAUAAGAAACCGCAUAGCCCACCUCGACCAAGCGCUCGCACGCGCUCGUGAGGACGCAUACGCGGCACAUUACCGCGCGGCCAAUCUGAGCGCAAAAGUCGAAGAGGAACGGCCAACCCUCAUCGAGGCCUUGCUUCCAUACGAAAGGCGCAAAGCGGCAAGAUCGAAACAAAGAGCCAGAACGCGUCACAAGGAGCUUCUGAACCGGUUCUUUCGCCUGCCUCGAGAGAUCCGCGACUUAAUAUACCACCACGCCUGGAGCGGCACGAUAAUCCCCUUCUACCAAGAGCUAACCUGGAACUUCGCCGAACACGAUAAUAUCCCCUGGGGCCCAGUUAUGACAGCUGAGUAUUCAUCUACUGGUACAUACAGGGCAAGUCUCAUGUCGGUAUGCGAUCUUGUCCCACCAAUGAACGGAGGCCCCUGCAAGGGGCUUAGACACGCGCAAGAGUACGCCUGGAUUUGGACGAACCAGCAGAUAUUCUCAGAGUCUACGGCGCAGUUCUAUCGCUACACCCAGUUCACAUGGUCACCGCGGGCUGAGCGGCACUACUAUCACAUGUGCGCGCAUAUUGUCCCUAGGCGCAAAUUGUACGAGUCAGCAUACGCCUUCCCGAACAUCCUCCUCGCACGCCGCGUGCUGCUCGAUGUAGGAUACGAAAUAUGCCUCGACGUCGUCAACCAUGGUAUAUCGGCCUCACUUCUGGAACUGUUGGCUAUGGCGAGAAAAGGUGAAGAGAAGAAGGCGCUGCAGGUGAGUUGGAUAAGUAAUAUGGCGGACAUGAAACUUUUUCAACUCAAGGAUUUGGUGCCGGCUAGUACGCCUCACUCGAUGGCUAGUAGAGCGUUUGAGGAGCUGGUGUUGAAGGAUUUGGAGGGGGUGGGCUGGGAGAUUGCGGUUGGUGAAGAGGAAGGGUAA